AUGAAUGCUAAACGAAAACGUGUCGUUCUUUCUCUAGAGAAAAAAGUGUUGAUUAUUAACCGGGCUGUAGAUCAUGGUGAAAGUGUUCAAAAACUUGCAAAUGAAUUCGGCGUGGGUCAACAGACAGUUCGUGACUUAAUCAAACAAAAAAAUGAAAUUUUCAAGUUCAUAUCUUGUGCAGAAGUAUCAGCUAAGAAGAGAAAAACUAUGAAAAAGUCAUCAUUAUCUGACAUGGAAUCUGCUCUUUUUGAAUGGUUUAAGCAGAAGCGUAUUGAAGGUAUACCGAUUUCAGGGCCAAUGGUUUGUGAAAAAGCAAAAUGGUUUCAUGAACAUUUGAAAAUUGAGGAAACAUUUAACGCUUCACAAGGCUGGUUAUUUAGGUUCAAAACUCGCCAUGGCAUAAGACAGCUGGACAUUCAAGGCGAAAGCCUGAGUGGAGAUUUGACUGCUGCAACACUAUUCAAUGACGAAUUCAAUUCAUUCCUUUCAAAAUUGAACUUGUCCCCUGACCAAGUGUACAACGCAGAUGAAUCAGGUCUAUUCUGGAAAAUGCUACCUUCGAAAACACUUGCUGCGCAAUCUGAAAAAUCAGCUCCUGGACAUAAAUCUAGUAAAGAACGACUUACUAUUAUGACUUGUUCAAAUGCGACCGGUUCACAUAAGAUCAAAUUAACUGUUAUUGGGAAAGCUAAGAAACCAAGAUCUUUUAAAGGGACAGAAAUGAAAUAUUUACCAUGUGACUAUUACCACCACCCAAAAGCUUGGAUGAACCAGGUUAUUUUUAGUGAAUGGUUUUUUAACGUUUUUGUACCAUCUGUACAAAAAUUUCAGAAUGAAAAAGGAAUACCAAAAAGAGCUGUUCUUCUACUUGAUAAUGCUCCUUCACACCCCUCAGAAUCUACCCUGAAAACCCCGGAUGGUCAAAUUUUUGUCUACUAUCUACCACCUAACGUAACUUCCAUAAUACAACCAAUGGAUCAAGGCGUGAUUUCCUGUUUGAAACGAAGGUACAAAAAGAUUUUUCUCCGUUAUCUUUUGCAAGAAGAUUGUUUUGAUUCGAUGAAAGAACUUUUGAAAACGUGGACCAUAAAAGAUGCCAUUUUUGCAGUAUGUAAUGCUUGGGAAAAUGUACCUGCAACUACGUUAAGACUUUCUUGGGCGAAAAUUUUGGAUCAAGACUAUGAUGACGAAGAAAGUAUCGAAGAUACGGUCGAUAAGGAUAUAAAAGCUUGUCUUGAUCUAGCUACAUCUAUUCCAGAUUUCACUAAUGUUGAUGAAGACGAUAUUGUUGAUUGGCUACAAAAAGAUCUUAACGAAGAGGGAUUUGAGCGUUUGAGUGACAGUGACAUAGCAGUUCGUUAUGGCAGCGUAAGUACACCAUCUACCUCACAACAGCCUGAUUCUUCUUCUGAGAGUGAUAAUGAAGAACAUUUUGAAAAAAUACAGACAAGCCAAGCAAUGGAAGCAGUUGAUGUCCUCUUGAACUUCUGCGAACAGGAAAAUUUUGACUUCCAUGACAUUAUUGGCUUAAGAAAAAUUAGAAGUGAAGUAAGGAAAAUUAUUUCAAACCAAAAAAAAACAAAGACUGAUCACUUCAUAUUUUAA